GAAUCUUGCUAGAAAAGCGGCGGCAGCGGCUCCAGCAGCAGCGGCAGUGGCAGCAGCGGCAGCAGCGCCGGGCCCCGGGCGGAGGUGCUCGCAGGCGGUGUUGUUUCUCGAGCUGCGGCAGUGCUCAGCCCGGCGCCAGGACGAGUCCGGCUCGCGUUCGUCCGCGGAGAUCUCUCUCAUCUCGCUCGGCUGCGGGAAAUCGGGCUGAGGCGACUGAGUCCGCGAUGGAGAAAACUUUAGAAACUGUUCCUUUGGAGAGGAAAAAGAGAGAAAAGGAACAGUUCCGUAAACUCUUUAUUGGGGGCUUAAGCUUUGAAACCACAGAAGAAAGUUUGAGGAACUACUACGAACAAUGGGGAAAACUUACAGAUUGUGUGGUGAUGAGGGAUCCUGCAAGCAAAAGAUCAAGAGGAUUUGGUUUUGUUACUUUCUCAUCCAUGGCUGAGGUUGAUGCUGCCAUGGCUGCAAGACCUCACUCAAUUGAUGGGAGAGUGGUUGAGCCAAAGCGUGCUGUAGCAAGAGAAGAAUCUGGAAAACCUGGGGCUCAUGUAACUGUGAAGAAGCUGUUUGUUGGUGGAAUUAAAGAAGAUACUGAGGAACAUCACCUUAGAGAUUACUUUGAAGAAUAUGGAAAAAUUGAUACCAUUGAAAUAAUUACUGAUAGGCAGUCUGGGAAGAAAAGAGGCUUUGGCUUUGUUACUUUUGAUGACCAUGAUCCUGUGGAUAAAAUUGUAUUGCAAAAGUACCACACCAUCAAUGGUCAUAAUGCAGAAGUAAGAAAGGCUUUGUCUAGACAAGAAAUGCAAGAAGUCCAGAGUUCUAGGAGUGGAAGAGGAGGUAACUUUGGUUUUGGAGAUUCACGUGGUGGUGGUGGGAAUUUUGGACCAGGGCCAGGAAGUAAUUUUAGAGGAUCUGAUGGAUAUGGAAGUGGACGUGGAUUUGGAGAUGGCUAUAAUGGGUAUGGAGGAGGACCUGGAGGUGGCAAUUUUGGAGGUAGCCCUGGUUAUGGAGGAGGAAGAGGAGGAUAUGGUGGUGGAGGACCUGGAUAUGGCAACCAGGGUGGGGGCUACGGAGGUGGUUAUGACAACUAUGGAGGAGGAAAUUACGGAAGUGGAAAUUAUAAUGAUUUUGGAAAUUACAACCAGCAACCCUCUAACUACGGUCCAAUGAAGAGUGGAAACUUUGGUGGUAGCAGAAACAUGGGGGGACCAUAUGGUGGAGGAAACUAUGGUCCAGGAGGCAGUGGAGGAAGUGGGGGUUAUGGUGGGAGGAGCCGAUAUUGAGCUUCUUCUCUUUGCCUUGGGCUUCACUGUAUAAAUAGGAGAGGAUGAGAGCCCAGAGGUAACAGAACAGCUUCAGGUUAUCGAAAUAACAAAUGUUAAGGAAACUCUUAUCUCAGUCAUGCAUAAAUAUGCAGUGAUAUGGCAGAAGACACCAGAGCAGAUGCAGAGAGCCAUUUUGUGAAUGGAUUGGAUUAUUUAAUAACAUUACCUUACUGUGGAGGAAGGAUUGUAAAAAAAAAAAAAUGCCUUUGAGACAGUUUCUUAGCUUUUUAAUUGUUGUUUCUUUCUAGUGGUCUUUGUAAGAGUGUAGAAGCAUUCCUUUGAUAAUGUUAAAUUUGUAAGUUUCAGGUGACAUGUGAAACCUUUUUUAAGAUUUUUCUCAAAGUUUUGAAAAGCUAUUAGCCAGGAUCAUGGUGUAAUAAGACAUAACGUUUUUCCUUUAAAAAAAUUUAAGUGCGUGUGUAGAGUUAAGAAGCUGUUGUACAUUUAUGAUUUAAUAAAAUAAAUUCUAAAGA